UCUAAUCAGAUGAAGAAUACUUUGCAGAUUUUAGAAAUAUGAACGAGCAAAGUCACAAUAAAUGUUAUUUUGAUGUAUUGUGUGUCUGGUGAAAGAAAACUUUUUGGCCUUUUCACCUGUAGCACCUCCCCUUCGCGCACACGUCACGAGCCUCGAGCACCGAGUUCGCGCGCACUCACUCGCUCGCUCGCUCUCACGAGCCGGAGACUGCGCCCAUCAUCACACCGACUCCGAGAGCCAGCAGCAGGCGGAACAAUGGCAGCAUCCAGCAGCUGAUCCGCGGAUGGAGAUCUGAGCAUCAUCACAGAUGGAGCGAUCGAGGAGCGCGAAUCAGCGGGCUGUUCUCCAUCACUGACGGGAGGCCCGGGAUGCGCGAGGACAUGCACAAGUGCCUCUGAUCAAGGAGAUUAUUUACACAUAUGAGCUGCUUUGUGGCGUUUAAAGCUCUCGGCGUUCAGAAAUAAACACAAUCUGGCGGCGUAAGGAACGGGCUGGAGUGAUAUAACGAAGCCCCACUCGAGCAGGACAUACUCUCAUUGAUGGACACCAAACAGACCAGGAUCAGCUCAACAGAGACCAAUGAACUGGACCAGACGGGAGGCGACUCAUUCUGCCAUAAUUCUAUUGCUAAAUUGGCCUUAAAGAAGCACCACUCACCACGACCACUGUCAACAUGAGCUCCUUCAGAUGACCACCCAACUGAUGAGUCCUCAAACCACACGAUAUCUCUCACACCCCAUGCUGCCAAGGGCUUGAGCCCACAAGGCAUUUCCAAGAAGAACGCAGUCAGCGUCAUUUCACCAUGAUUGAACCCACGAGCGUUCCUGGGCUCACGCAGGACUGUUUGGUUCAGCAGAGUCGCACCUGUCCCAGCUGCUUCAUUGAGACCAAGGAUAUGUCAAAUAUAGAGGCCAGUAUCAACCUCAAAAUGGCUGACAUGAACCGAGACUACAGCCCUUGCCCUGUCUCUGAUAUUAAUAUGCAAUGCAUGAGCAUGAGUGAGACGGGAAGUUAUGGAGACCAGCUCCUCUCGGAUCAGCUUUUGAGCUUUCCUGUCCCUAAAACUCAGCUAGUGGAGAAGAAGGACAUGGCGAAAACAGACUUGGAUGAUGUGGCCUCCAAAAACCUGUAUGAUGGCCUGCUGUUAGACAAGUGCAAUGGAGAGGAUGGUUUGCUAACGAAUUCAAAUCAGGACUGGGGCUACUUCGAGUCCUUCAUUAACGAGAGUAAGAUGGAACUGCUGGAUCUCUGCUCCAAGAACGAGCUCUCCGUAAAUCUCUUCUCUGAGGAGGACGUGGACAAUUACAUGUUUGAUGACGAUGAUGACUCCACUCUGAGCAGCGACGUGUGCUCGCUGAAGAUCCGCUACGAGUCCUUCCAGGACAACAUGAGGGACAAAACCAAUGUUCUGCAAGAAGAAACCCAGUUCAGCUUUUUCCCGAGUGUCUUGGUAAAUUGCACAAAGAAAGAGGGGUGUGUGGUAAAACGAGUUAUGGAUGAGCUACCACCUAAAUCAGAGGAGCUUGGAUUUCAAAAUGACAUUAAAGAGGAUGCAAAUGACUGCUCCAUAGAGCAGACACCUGAUUACAGCCCCAAAAUGAACUACUUCAUUGAUUCCAGCAACUCAGCUGAUGACUCAGGGGACUAUAGUGAUGACAGCUCCUCCACCGUUUCCUCGUUUGACACCUUACAAGACAACAGGCCUAAAAACUUGCUCUCACGAAAAAACGCAAGCUGCUCCAACCAUCUGAACUACGGAUUGCGGUCUAAGAGAAAAGUUAGGUUUAGUGAUGACUACUUGUAUUAUGUUGAGUCCACCGAAGGAGAAAGAAACAUUGAAAAGCAAGAGAAACCACUGAUUGGUCCAAAGCAUGAAGAGGAUCUUGACUGGUGCCCUAAAAAGAGACGAAAAUACUCUCGCAAGGAUCCACCUGUUAUAAUCAAAUACGUUAUCGUCAACAGGUUCAAAGGAGAGAAAUGCAUGGCUGUGAAGCUGGGCAGAAUCAAUUCAGCCAACACGACCGUAAGCUUAAAUGAGGAUACAAUCAACAAAUAUGAGAAGCUUGCACCUCUAAAAGAUUUCUGGCAGGAGAAACAGAGAGAAAGAGAGGAACAGCUUAAGCUGGCAGCAGGAGAUAAACACAGUUCUCACCAGCAUGCCUUUAGUUCCAGUCCCUCCAAAAGGAAACACAAGCUAGCACACAGGAUCAGAAUUCAGCGGAUUCAAACUGUGGAGCAAUCACCCAACACGCAGGGCCCCUUUGCCUCUGAUCCCAGGCAGGAGACUGCUUCUACAGAUGAAGCUGCCUCCAUGGGAAUGCCAUUAACAAUAGCCACCAGCUGUGCAAGCACAUUAGACCCAGAUGACAUCAUAGACACUGCAGCCCGGAAGAGCAGAUCACAAGAGAGAGAGGAAAGGAGAAUAGGGAAUAAAAUAUUCAGAAUACAGAAAUUCAGAAGUGAAGCCAGACUUAGGAGCAAGAAAAUGAGAGACCUUGUGGAGAAUAGCAAGAGCGUGACAGACCUGACAGAAGUUUGCUCGCUGCAGAAAAAUAUGGACGCAGUAGGAGGUGCUGAAGAUACAAACGUCAGCCCAGCUGCACACAGUCCCCAUUUGUGUGAGAGUCAAGCGGCUAAUGCCACUGAAAAAUUUGCUUUUGUGUCUACCACCUGCUCCCCUAACAAAGAGGCACCGUCUGAGAAUGUGGCAGUUAUCCCGGGGGGCUAUCUGCAAACAUUGCUAGAUGCCUCUGAUUCUUCAGGUAGCACUGGUAUCCCGUUUUUCUCCCAGCAGACCCAACACUCUCUGGACCUCUCUUUGGAAAAGCAGCAAUUCACCUCAAUUCAGCUAGCGCAAAGUUGUGUCCUUUCCCCACCAUCAGAAUCAGAGCUCCAGCAGUCACCCCAGAAUUGUCUGACUCUUACCCAGAUGUGGCAUCCCCAGCUUAGUCCAAACCAGCAGUUCGCCGCUGCAGAUAUUGCUGAAUCUGCCAUCCAACCCAACAGCUUCACUGGAGAGUUGGCUAUGCCAUUGUCUGAGAGUCUGACCAUGUCAGGCUACAGCCAGCUGAGUCUGGAGAGCAACAGAAUGCUUUAUGAAAAGAGUUACAUGACUGAGCAGCCGUUGCCUUCUGACGCUGAGUUUCAGGCUCUUCAGGGGCAGCCACAGUUUCAAAGAGCCACACUGCACACCAACAAUGGCCAGCUCAUCAGUUUCGACUCAGUUGGCUCACUGUCAGCUAGUAAUAACAAUUACAGCUCUCUGAGGCUUAAGUCCUGCGAGAAAGAUGGCGAGGAUGAUGUGAACGGGAACUUUCUAUCCCUCUGCAGUCCCAAACUGGUGAUUCAGCAAAGUAUUGAUGCAGUCACCCCACUAAGGGAGUCCACGGACUUGCUGGAUAUCUCCAACUUCACUCCAGAUAAAUUCAGACACACAUCAUUGUCAGAGCUCUCUCCCCCAGAGACGCCUAAUUUAUCCCCUCAAGUUGUGGGCCAUGAGAUGAAGAUAGUUGGGAAGCCUGCUGAUUUCCAGGAUGGAGCCAAGAUGCCAUGCACCAAAGACAUGGAUUGGAACUGCAAAAUGAUCGAGCAGCAAGAUCUGGAUAGAUAUACAGUAGAUGGUCACGAUUAUCAAUUGCACAUUUUUAAUGGUGAAGACAACUUAAGCCUGGGGACGAAAGAGGAGAAUCUAGCUUUUGAUGAUGAUUUGAUUAGUGAAAUCAAGGGGACCAAGGGAAAGAGGAAAAAUAGCAACAAACAAACUACAGGACAAGGUACCAAAAAAAGCAAAGCCCCAAGAGCUCCAAAAACAGAGAAGGGGAAAGUUCCACGGCAGACUUCGCGAGCAUCUAAAAAGUUAAAGGCAUUACUGGAUGAGAAGGGUGGCAGAGGCCAGACUGAGGGCAUUGCUCAUCUGCUGAAGGACAGCGGCUCUGAGGAAUGGACAGGAAUGGGUUGUUCAGAGAGCACAUGUCAAGUCCACGAUGACCAGCGAGAGUUUGAAGAGCCAUCCAACAUCUUGUCAAAUAUUGUUUCAGGGAUGGCUGAAGUACAGAGAUUCAUGAUGGCCUCUGUUGAGCCAUUAUGGGGCCCUGCAGCAAAUAUCUGCCUGCCCUCAGAGGCAAACAGCCUCAAGUUAAAGACUCUCAAAAUCCUAGCAGGAACUUCACCUGACCCCAAGAAGAAAGGCAGUUUGGCAACUGGGGGCACAAAAGGCAGAAAAGUUGGGACGAAAGGUGGCAAAAAACAGGCAAAGUUCAAUGCCUCCUUACCUUUAUUCCCUCAGUUGGCUUUGGGUUGUAACAUGUUGGAAAAGCCUAAUCUUGGUGUUCCUGGUAUAAAUGGGCCUGCGCACAAAAAGAUGUACCGUCACAAAGCCAGUGCAAAAUUCCCUCGGAUUGAAAAUCUAAAGGAAACAUGACCUGAACAAGACCUAGAUAAAGAUAUAUCAUUAAUGGCUUCUUUUGAGAAACUGAGGUAAUAUUUUAUAUCUAGCUGCUGAUGCACGUUCCUCACUUUCCCACUUCCUCCUCAUUUCUUGACAUACCUACACGGACUCUAGACCAGAGAUGCAUGGAAUUACGUCAUCCUUUAGUAUCCCCUCCUUGUUUUUGCUCCCGAAGAGGAUAUUGAUCUUGCAUGAGAAACUUCUUGUACUCGCAAACUACCUAUUGAUUGAUUGUGUAAGGCUUGAUUGAGAUUUUAAAUGACCAUGGCUGCAUUUUUAUUCUGCAUUCUUGUUUUUGCUGUUUUUCUUUUCCUUGCAGUUGCUGAAUAGUUUUUGUCUGAAGAAAAUGAAAAACUUGGAUAAGUGCAAAUUUUCUUUUUGGACCCUUUUUGUUAAUUUAUCGGUGAAUCUUGCUGCCCUUAUGUAAUUAUAUUACUCUCUUCAAAGAUGUAGCUAUUUUAAAGUGUCUUUGUGUGAAAUAAGCUCCCCCUUUUGAUUAUGUGUGCUGAAACAGAUGCCCUCUUCUCUUUUUAUCCAUUUACUGCCUGACUUUUAAAGUGUGAAAUGCUCAGCCCUUUGUUUAGGAUAACAACACCCUUGGUAGAUCCCUAAACAUGAACAGCACACAAUGGGACAGUUUUGUAUUGAAGACAUAUCAGAUUAAUGUUGUUCGAAUUUCUUACUGUUGGAAUGUACUUAUGAUUUUCUCUUAUCUACUAUGCUUUUUACAGGAGUUGUACUGGAAAUUGUCUUAGAGGGACAUUUCAAAUGCCAUGGAAAUCCCAAAACGCCUUUUUUAUGCUUCCAUUUAUUAUAAUAAUAAUGAUAAUAAUGAUAUUGAUUAUUGACUGAAAUAAUAUAUUGCUACUGACAGAUUAUUAUUAUUAUUAUUAGUAUUAUUAUUUAGUAUCACUGUACAGAAAUGCACUGUUCAAAGCAAAACAUUAAUUCUAUCUAUGUGCCAAAUGUAAACUCCGUGCACAUUAAUACUCUGUAUGAAUACUGGCUGUUUAAUUUACUUUCCUGAUGAAUGCUGGCUGUCCUCUUUCAAGACUUAACAAGUUUUGGGUGAGUAGUUUUGUUUUCUUUGGGGACCCUACCGUUUGAAGAGCACCUGCAGCUGACAGUGGUACAACCACUUUACCUUAACAACUCCACGCAGAAUUUUGUCACCUUAUUCACCAAAUUCAAUGCACCUCAGUAUUACUUCUGCUUAAAACCAUAAAUAAAAGCAAAGUGUACUCUUCUAGACAUUGACGGAAGAAAGGUGGACACGGAUCAUGUUAAUUGAGGAUGACAUAUUUCUUGUAUUGGUCAGCAAGCAAUCAUUUCACAAUCUGCUGUAACAGGAACUGUGUCCACAAUGUUUCAGAUUUUGUAUAUUUGUUCAGUGGUGUAUUUUUGGUGGUUAAGAAACUGUAAAGAGUGUCCAUUUUACUUUAGCCCACUUUUACACAUUUUCCUUGCCGACAAUUACAUCUGAAAACAUUCUGUUGUGAAACAAAAGUUUUUCAGGGAACAUAGUGUUUUGUUUAAUUUGUUUUAUUCAACCCAGGCUCAUUGAAAAAACAAGCUGGUGGCGAAAGUCAAGUCACCUUUAUUUAUGUAGCGCUUUUAACAAUAGAUUGUAACAAAGCAACUGAACAGUAUUAGGAAAAAUAGUGUGUCAAUAAAGCAAAAAGGCAGUUCAUCAUUGAAUUCAAUGAUGUCAUCAUCCAGCUCAGUUCAGUUUAAAUAGUAUCUGUGCAAUAAAGUCAAUGAAAUUGCUGGUAAUGAAGUGUCCCAACUAAGCAAGCCAGAGGCGACAGCGGCAAGGAACCGAUACUCCAUCGGUGACAGAAUGGAGAAAAAAACCUUGGGAGAAACCAGGCUCAGUUGGGGGCCAGUUCUCCUCUGACCAGACGAAACCAGUAGUUCAAUUCCAGACUGCAGCAAAGUCAGAUUGUGCAGAAGAAUCAUCUGUUUCCUGUGGUCUUGUCCUGGUGCUCCUCUGAGACAAGGUCUUUACAGGGGAUCUGUAUCUGGGCUCUAGUUGUCCUGGUCUCCGCUGUCUUUCAGGGAUGUAGAGGUCCUUUCUAGGUGCUGAUCCACCAUCUGGUCUGGAUACGUACUGGAUCCGGGUGACUGCAGUGACCCUCUGAUCUGGACACAGACUGGAUCUGGUGGCCACGGUGACCUCGGAACAAGAGAGAAACAGACAAAUAUUAGC